UGCUGUGUCCGUGUUUAAUGGAUGAUUGGCUUAGAUUAGCUGUUGGAGAUAGCCUUAAUCUGUCUUAGUCACUGAGACACAGUUUAUAAUAGAAGAGCUGAGGGUAAUUACACAGAGUGCCAGAAUACAGAUGGCUUUUAUAUGUAAGUAAACCAGAGAAAGAGAGUGUGAGAGAAAGAAUCAUUACGGGAAAAAAUCUCUUUAGAUAAUAAGUUAUAGAUGGACAGUCAAGGUGUCAAAGAGUUACAGGGUGAAGAAGAAAUAGAACAGGAAUUGCUGUCGAAGAGAGAAGAAGAGAGGGAAGAUGAUGAGGUGAAAGAGGAUAAAGAAGGUAUGGCGGUACAGGGAGAACAGGACAGAGAGGAGCAGAGAGAUAUAGAGGACUGGAAUGGAUUUAUUGCAGGAGAAGAAGAUGCUGCUGAAGAGGAGAUAGUCCUGGACUGGAAACCAGGAGACCCUGUGACCCCUCAGUAUGUCUUAACACUACCAGGAUAUACAGACGACUACUUGUGCUGUCCAGAAGACAACAUCUACAAUAUUCGCUUCUCACGUUUCAAAAUUAGAGACCUGGAGAGUGGAUCAGUCAUUCUGGAUUUAAAAAGACACUGUCCAACAGAAAUAAAGGAUGUCAUUGAGCUGGAUGCAGGUCGCUUCAUUCAGUAUCAUUUUACUCCUGCUUUUCUAAAUCUGAGAGAGAUUGGAGCUUUGUUGGAGUUUACAGUGGGUGGUAAAGCAGUAAACAAAUUUCGACUGAUUGAGCGCCAUUACUUCAGGGAUCUGCUGCUAAAGACAUUUGACUUUGAGAUCGGUUUUUGUAUUCCACACAGCAGAAACACCUGUGAACACAUUUACUGCUUACCAGACCUGGAUUCACACACAGUUGCAGAGAUGAUCACUCACCCCUUCGAGACCCGGUCAGACAGCUUUUACUUUGCCAACAACACGCUGAUCAUGCAUCAUAAAGCAGAGUACUCUUUCAACCAAGGGCUGGAGCUCUAAACACAUCAGAGUAUCAAUUAUAUUAUAGCAAAAGUAAACAGAUCAUAUCAACUUACUAUAAUUAUAUGGUUAUUGUUAAAUUUUUGGUUUCACAAGUUCACCAUCAAUUCCCGUCUCAGUCCAGAGUCACAGCUCGAGCUUCCAGAUAAAUAAAACAUCUUGAGGAACCCUAACAGGCCUUUAAUGUUUCUCUUUCUCUAUUAUCCUGUUCUGUGGCUCAUAAACAUCCUCUCUAUUUUUAUCACAAAACAAUGCCCAUGACCCUUUCCUCUUAUCAGGGGGUCUUACAAUUGACAUAAACACAGUUACAAAGGAAAAUAUGUUGUAUUAUUAUUUUAUAUUUGAAUGGUAUAUAGCUUUUCCUUUCACUGACCCUACUGAUCCUUUUUUAUUAUUUAUUUUUGUUAUUAUUUAUUUUCCUGCUAUUAUAGAGAUACUCAUUAGUCUAUCUGUCUGUUUGCAUAUUUGUCUCCUUUACCAUCGAAUGCUGUUAAAAGAUGUUUUAAACUUACACUACUCACCAGUGUUGGUUUAAGUUUGAAAAAAGUAGGUUGUUUAUGUGAACUGAAUAAAAACGGAGGACUUCAAGUUGUUGUCAUUCCUGUGUUCACACUUCUUCUUCUUGGCCAUUUUUAGCUGCCAUAGGUUUCUAAAAGAGUAAACAGUGAUCAGUCAAAAGGUCAC